AUGCAGCAGAAGGCGCCCGGGGUGCCUAGUAACAUAAAACUCGAACAUUCACACUCAACACCGACCCACGUAUCGCGUACCAAGAACUUUACGGCUAAUUUCUUUAAGACUACUUUUAGCUAUCGGAGCAAGGCGGUAGCGCCUUCGUCUUCAAGUACAGUCGAGAAAACUAUCAAAAUAGGCAGCGCGGAGACUAAGCCUGUAACUAGAAACAGGCCUAGGACAGUACCGUUAGCGGAUUCAACUAAUAAGUUAAAGUUAAAAAGAACCGUAGAUCGAACCAAGUCGGCAGGUUUGCAAAUCGAUAAAUUACCUGUCGAACCUGAACGACCACACAGGAGUAAACCUGCAACUCCAACGACCCCCGAUCCCGGUGGACUUAAGCCCACCAAAGAGAAUGCAAAAAAGGCAGACGCAAAGAGUUCCAAUGUCAUUCUGCAAAUUGUGAAAAAAUCAGCAAAGACACCGGCACCGAAGCUUCCCGACAGCAUCUUACCGCCGACCCUGAGACCUAAAACCGAUAAAAACUUAAAACUAACUAAAAAUAUAAAUAAUAAUGAUGUUUGGACAAAUCCUAACGACAAAGUCGCCCAACGAAGAGUUCCUCCUUCGCCAGUAAGAGGGCCAAGUCAGGGGAAGCAGGAGUCCACGUUAAAAGGGGCUCCGUCAGUGUCGAGUCUCGAUUCAAAGCACCACAAAGUCGCACCAGCUCGCGACAAGACAUUAAAGAUCUUUGGGUCAAAAGAGAAAUUGCAUAAAGCGCACAAGAAGAAGGAUUUAGGGAAUAAUAAUGCUGUGUUAGAAGACCCUGAGUUAAGAGAAGGUUUGGAGUAUGAAGAUGGACAGGUCGGAGUGCAUGAUUACGGUAGCGCUGAGGAGCUGGGGUCGGUAGGCGGGCGAGGCUCGCAGGAGUGCGUUAGUCUGCCCGUCACUCUGAAUGCCGAUCACAUGCCCGGCUUCCAGGAAGUGGAGCUCAGGCCUAGAGUACCAUCUGAGGCAUCGUUGGCGUCAGGAGUCCGGGAAAUUGAAUCGUUGAGGAGAGAACUGGAAGCUACCGUGAUGGAGAGAGCACAGCUACAGGCCAGGGUUGAGGAGUUACUGGAGAAGGUAACGGAAGCUGACCGGCUUCGAGGAGAGCUGGAGAGGCUGAAGAGUAUGGACGCAGAACGCGAGGCAGCGCUGGAGCGUCUUGCGGACGAGAACGGCGCGUUGCGCGCGCGGCUGCGCGGCGUGGCGCACUCGCCGCUCUCCGACAGUGAGAAGCGACAGCUGCUGCUCGCGCCCGCGCCGCGCCGCAUGCACUCCUCCGCGCCCGCCUCCAUCGCACUCGCCAAUGGUGAAGGUGAUAGCGGUGAGGCGAGUACUCCAGAAUGGGACAAGCACUCGUCCUCGUCCCUCAGCGAGGUGUCUGUCGCCUGCUUGCAAGACCGCAUCUUGCAGAUGGAGGAACACCACUACAGCACAAGCGAAGAGCUACAAGCCACACUAGCAGAGCUAGCAGAUCUCCAAACCCAGCUGGCGGACGCUCAUGCGGACAACGAGCGCCUGGCGGACGAGAAACAAGUGCUGCUGGAGUCACUGUGUCGACAGACUGAGAAAUUAGAAGAUAGUCGCACUAAGGUGGACACCUUACAAGAGCUCCUAAUGCGUGAGGGUGUGGAACCAGAGACCCUGGUAUCUGGAGACACCGACCAACAACUCUUCGCUGUUCUCAAGCUAUCUCAAGAAGAACGCAGACAUCUGCUGACAAAGCAAGAACAGUUGGAGACAGAACUGAACCAAACCAAGGCGGCUCUGGAAGAGAAGACCAAAGAAAAUGAAACACUCGCUGAGAGGAUACGUGCAUUGGAGACUAAUGUGGAACGUGCGGAGUCGGAGCGGUCUCGCUGCGAGUUGGAAGCAGACUCCGCGGCGGAGCUGGCCGCCACCAGGCAACAUCAGAUCGCCACGCUCACUGACUUACUCGAUGCUGCUAAAGCAAAGCUGGAAGAACGCGCCGGCGUGGCAGAGGGCGCGGCGGAGGCGGAGGCGGCGGCGGCGGCGGCGCGCCGGGACGCGGACGCGGCCGCGGCGCGCGCGCUCGCACUGGCCGAGCGACUCGCGCAUGCGCAGCGACAGCUCGACCGCGCGCACUCCGACGCCAGGAAGAUGCACGAUGAUGCACUGGUAUCUCGGAACAACGCGAAAUCAACGAUAUCCGAGCUGGAGUUCCAGAUAGAACAGCUGCGGCAGGAGAAGACCGCCAUGCAAGGGGAGAUGAAGACCUUGCAGGACAACGCAGAGGAACUGCAGAUACAGGUGCAAGUAGCAUCGGACGAGAAGCUAGCACUAAUGAGUAGAGCGGGCGAGGCGCUGGCCAGGGUGGCGGACUUGGAGAGACAGCUACAAGAUGCCAGGGCGAGGAAUGUACAGUUGACUAGAGAUCGGGAGAGAGACGAAGCAGAAUGGAAACAAUUCCAAAGCGACCUCCUAAUGACAGUACGGGUCGCAAAUGAUUUCAAAACUGAAGCUCAGAGGGAGUUAGAACGGUUGGUCUCUGAGAACAAAGUAGCAAGGGACAGGAUACGACUCUUGGAAGAUCAGAUGCAUUCCCUUAAAGGUAUUGAGAGAUCCGAAUCUGUGGAUAGCAUAUACUCAGAUGACAAUAUAUUAGAUCUAAAGGAAUCUGAUACGUGCGAGUCUCCAUCAAGCGACGACUUAAGUCCGUCUAAAGAUGUAUUCAAGAGCAUACGAACUAGAUACCUUUCGAGAGUGCACAGCGUCACCGACCCUCCAGCCAAAGACCCAAGCUUAAUAGAACAAGCAUUCUUCAGAUCCGCUAACGCUCCCGAAACGAACACCGAUAUGAAUGAUCUCUUGAAAGAUAAUUUCAAAAUAGAAAUUGAAAACGUCACUGUAGAUGAAACGAACGAUGACGAUACUCCAAAAUCUUCGACAGAAGAGUAUCCGAGUAAAGUGUUAGCCGAAGCUGUCUUACCUCCUUUCAAAGAUAAGGAGUUAAAAAGGCAAAAUGCUGUCGACCAAUGCGAUACAACGGAUGACAGUCAUGCUCCAGCUGAACCACAACUUGCGGAGAACCUAAUCGAUCUGAAUUCUAGUUUUAGGUUAGUUAAAUCAGAUUCUAGUUAUGUACCCAAACCCAAGGUGCGCACUAUUUUUAGUAAAAACCUAUCAGGAACGUUUAAUGGCAAGCCAAAGUCCUACAGUUUGGAUAGUUUGAAUACUAACGAAGAGUAUCAAGAAGCUUUAAAUGAGGCUACUAGUGUAGAUUUACUAACUGUUAAUACUGAAAGUGAAACUUCUCUAUUUUCGGAAAGUACUGAUAGUGUCUUCCUUCCUCCAGUAGAGAAAAAUAACAAUAAAGUAGAUUUAAAAAUUGAGGCUAAUAAUAAUGAAGUAAGUAAAGAAUUAACUGUAGUUAAAGCUGAAGAAAUCCUUCCAUUUCCAUACCCCGAUGAUAUUAAGAAAGAACCCGUAGUUGAUUUAAUCGAGGCAAAAAAGGUCUUAAGAGAUGUACCCAUUGAUGAUAAUGUUGAGAAACAACUGCAAAUGGUCAAUGAAGAAUUAAAACUCACAUUCAAAGCUGCGAUAGAGAGAAUAAUUGGAAAUAACAGAAUGAAGAAAGCUUCAAGUCCAGAUAAUUUUAAAGAUGAUGAAAAACAAUCUUCUGAAGCUGACCUUAUUACCAAAGAUGAAAUAGAUAAUUCAAAUAACACUAGAAAAAUAUCUUUGUCUAAUGUUCCUAAAGUUUUAAUAAGCGAUGUUGACUCAGAACCAAAUGUUGAAGUUACCAAAGAAAAUAACAAUUUAGUUACCCCUGAUGUAAAUACAUCUAGUCUGAAAGACGAAAAAACUAAUCCUGUUACUGAAACUGUUAAUGAUACUGUUCCUGAAGAACCUAAAUCUGAAGUUCCUAUAGAUGAUAAUGUUAGUUAUCACCUAAAAAUAAAUACUGCAGAUUUGGGUGAUGAUGUACCAAAGAUAGACACAACUCCAAAUAAUAUUAAUUCUAAUAAUAGGCCUGGGCCUACAUUUAAGACUUUCUUAGCACCCCUUAAUAUAGGCAAAGGAAAUGUGGCACCUACAGCGCCUAUUAUUAUAAGUCCAGUGCUGAUACAACCAGUGUUUUUCAAGCCUCUUACUCCUAAAGAAGUUACAGUGGAACGCAAACAAGAAACCAAAAAGGGUACUCUUUAUUACAGUGAUAUUGAUCAGGUUGCUAAUGACAGCAGAAAUGAAAGCCAAAUACUUGAUGAAAAAGGCCCUGACGAUAGCACUAAGAGAAAAGGUCUUUAUCAGAAAAAUACUAAAGCAAAACAAUUGCCUUUCUUAUCGUGGAAAACUUUCGGAUCAAAUGAAAGUUUAACAGACAGUAAAAAUGUAAACAAGCCUCUGGAAAUAUCGAAGACUCCAAAUACCUUUUCGAGAACUCCCAUAGUGCCUUUAGAACCUCCAAAAGCUGUCGGCGUUGUACCAAUAGUUACCACGAAACCUCCAGAAGUUAAAGCUACUGUUGGCAAGUUAUCAAAGAGCCCGCAGUGGUUGAUUGAUAACAAAUAUUAUCAACCUGUGGAGAAUGUCCCGUUUGUUAUAAAUUCGACGCCAACUGUUGUACCUAAAUCUGUAGAGAUUAAGAAAGAAGAAGCAGAUGUUGCUCCCAGUAAUCCAUUUCAGUCUCAAGAAAGGAGAUAUUCUGAACAAGAGAAUGUUUAUGAAGAAAUAGGACCAGUGAUCUCAGAGGUAAUAGCCAAAGAUAAGAAUAUAGCGGAUGAUGAGAAGAUAUCAAACAAAAACCAGUCGGUUACAGAUGAGUUUGCUUCAGUUACUAGAGAAGAGGUACUGAAAGUACCAAGACGUAUUAAAAAGCCUAGAAAAGACGAUAGGUUUACAAAAUCUAAAUCGCUAGAUUUUUUAGAUAAUACAGAAGAAACAAAAGAAAGGGCGAGGGUAACCAAGUCAGUAAUAUCACUAUCGAAAGCGCCUAGCGCGAAAGAUGUGCCAAUAAAAUCUGGAUCUAUAGUGGAAAUAGUGCAAAGUUUGGAGAAGAAACCGCCGCCAUCGGACACAGUAUUAGAAGUAGGUCCGAGAAAACUUUCGCUGCAGCAUCCAACUACUCCGAGCAUAGAACCGAACACUGGUUCACUGCCAAGGGAUAAGCCAUAUUGGAGGACGUUGGAGCACAAACGGUUGUCGCACCCGAUAAGAUCAUUAAAAGAUCCCCCGCCUCGCAGACCUCUACCUAUACCACCACGCACUGAGGAGACGCCCCCGCCACCGCCGCUUUUGACCAGCGCGUCCCUGCAAGAUAUUAUGGCAACUGCUGCUUCACACAGGAGGACUAAAGGUGUAAGUCGCCAAGACUCCAGACUGUCAGUCAAAUCUCUAAUCGAGAGUAUAGAAAAUGCAGCGAAGGCAGCCAAGCAGUCGCCUGCAACCACCCCUGUAGGAGAGUGGCCUCAGCAAACGACAGUUGGCGUGACAACAACCACAUCAACAUCUAUAAAGAACGGCAUAGCGGAUUCCACAGCGUCAACAAAUGGCAUGACUGGAACUACCUUCUCAAGUAAACCACCAGCUGCACGGGGCUCUCGACCCUCACCCAUUGUUAACGAGGCUGGCGCAGCGCAAUCCAACAUCCCGGACGAGCAGCGCGCCCUCCACUCGCUGCAGCAGAAAGCCAUCGAGUCCUUCGUGCGACGGAACAGCUAUGGAGAUAUAUGUGAAAGAAAAGAUCCUUUGAAUGCGCUGCAAGUCAAGAAUGGCGGGUCCAAACGCAACGCUCUGCUGAAAUGGUGCCAACAGAAGACUAUGGGAUACAACAACAUUGAUAUUACUAAUUUUAGUUCAUCGUGGAACGACGGUUUGGCCCUGUGUGCACUACUACACUCGUACCUGGGCGACAGUCGUAUCUGCUACUCCUCGCUAUCUCCACACGACAAGAGGACCAACUUCUCCGUAGCGUUCGCCGCUGCAGAGUCCGUUGGGAUACCUACAACGCUGAACAUUCAAGACAUGAUCCAACAAGAGAGACCUGACUGGCAGCAAGUUAUGGCGUAUGUCACAAGCAUUUACAAACAUUUUGAAACGUAA